UCAUUUAUAAAAAUGUUUGUAGAAUUUGACAAGCAGCUGUUCAGUAUGGCCAUAACUUAGUUUGGGGCAAAAUUAUAACUAAUGGCGAUUGUUUAAAAACUAUGGAACAGAUGAUAUAUAUCCGUGAAAUAUGCCAUGUUUAGUCAGUGAAUAUUACGGCAGUAUCGCAGACUUUAACACAAUGACAGCAAGCCUGAGCUUGGUAGUUUUCAUCAGCAGCGUUCUAGUACUUGUAAAUGCAAAGUGUCCAAGUUUUUUCGUCGAGUAUAAUUCAGCAUGUUAUUACGUCGCCAACAACCGCGUGAACAACGUGAAUGAUGCGUUCCGUACAUGCUACAGUCUUGGUGGAUAUUUGAUGAAUAUCGACGCUGAUGCUGAAAAUAGUUACAUCGUUAACAAAAUAAAGCAACAACCUACGAUUUUUGAUGGCUACUGGAUAGGUGGCUUUUUCAACGGGCAAAAUUGGGUGUGGCAAAAGACAGAUAAAACUGGCAAUAUCGUUGAUAUCUUUAUGAACCCCGGAGAGGGUCAGUAUAAAAAUUGGGGACCUCGACAACCGAAUGCGAUAGGCGUUGUGUAUCAACCUUUUGUAGCUAUAAUGGUCCGUUAUCGCCCAGUUCCGUACAGAUGGUAUUCUGAGAGGCGGGCUUUAAACAUGCCUGGAGGAAUGGGGUAUAUCUGCGAGGCGGAUUGGCAACCUGAACCUUGAAAUGAUUCGAAUUAACUAAUAUCAUAUUAUAACAAUAAAUUCAUCUUAGACAAA